UAUUUAAACAAUAUAUUUUUUUGUUAGCAACAUAAAUUAUUUGUUAAUUAUCCUGUCCACUUCAUAAGGCAGCAUGAUAUAAUAAUUACUUCCUUUAUUAAUUCCGAACGAAUGGAACCUAUCAUUAGUGGUUCAUCAUGCAUAAGGAGCUGCUCAUAAUAUUAUUAAUCUCUUCUAAACUUGUAAUAAUUCACAAUUUAUUAAUAGACUGUAACAAGUACAGCACCACUUCGAGGCUCCAGUACUAUAAAAUCAAAUCUUGCCACAAAUCCUCUGCUUCCGUAAUAUUUUGGAAACGAGUUACUAAUUUACAAGAAUGCAAAGAAGUAGCACGAGAAAGGGGUGGUAUGGCAUUCAAUUUCAGUCCUGCAGAAGCACAGAACCUUAGCAAAUUUUACAUGCCGAAUUGUCACGUGCUGGCUUGUCCACAAAUCGGAAACGAUUCCACCUUAACUAUGGAUUUGGCUUAUGAUUAUUAUAGUGCUUAUGGAAAUUGGAAUGUAACUCAGAAUGCCACUUGUAUCAAAGCAAUAGGGUUAUUCACCCUUAACGCUGACAAUCAAAAUUACAGCCAAAAUAUAUUAACUUGCCAAAGCAACAGUGGAGACUUGGCUGAUGUGACUUCAGAGUACCGCAGCACCAUGUUGGCUCAGAUGCUUAAUACAAGUAUAACAGAUUGGCAUAAACUAGCUUAUGUUGGUUUAAAUGAUUUAUUCAUAGAGGGGGCAUUCACCAACAGCUUUGGAAAACCACUGGUUUGCUCAAAUUACAGAGCUUGGGCCCCAGGCCAUCCUAGAUCCAAGCAUGAAUCAGAGGACUGUGUCACUUUGGAUUCGGAAAAGCUCUGGAGGGUGGUCAGGUGUAAUAAGGUGAAGCUCAGAGGAGUUUGUGAAGUCUACCCUCAUAAACCCCCAAGGAAUAUCGAGGGUGUGCCACAAAAUGUUUCUUGUGGUGGUAUUUCACGAAGACAGUAUGCAAAAAUAAAGAGAUGCUUGGAAGAAAAGAUGAUUUUCCGGAUUUAUCAAAAUGCCACAAGGAUUGAUAAAUGUGGCUUAGUGAAUUUUAUAUAUUAAAAUAGUGUUUUGUAUAAUCACAUAUAUAAGGAAUAAAGGCAAUGGAGUAACUACAAAAUGAGCAUUUUCUUUCCAAGUGGUCAAAAGUUUUUUCCCUUUUUAGGCAGC